AGACGGUAAAUAGACGCGGGGCGUCGAACGAAAUCGUACCACGGUCGGCCUGAAAGAAAAUCACGGUGAUUUUAUGAUCCCUCGUGGGCGGACGUGUCCCGGGGUCGGUUUUAUGUGUUUUAUGUGUUCCGCCUAUGUUGCUUCUGUCACGUGGUAACCGGCUGAAUUACAGAGAUGAAUAUCCCGAAGCCCGAGGGUCUGUUGUCAGUGGUUUUACCCACUGAACUUGCGUCCUCGGCCAGUUCACGACAGCUUAUUAUAAAUCAGGACCAACAGGAUGAAGAAGCGUCGGAUUGCCCACUUCUGACACCCAGCCCACCACUCCGGACGGACGAUGGUCUGGAAUCUGGAGCGAUCUAUGUUUCCCUGGAAGGAAAUCCCGUGGAAUCGAUCCCGCCGCUCGAGAACAUUAAUAGAGAAGACGGACUCAGCGAGUUCAUGAACAUAGUGAACAGCUCCAGCAAAGCUUUAAACGAUGAGCCUAGUUCCCGGGAUCCGAUGGUGGAAUCAACAUCCAGCGGCAGCAGCAGUGAUUCAAACGAGCCCGUCUGUGCGCAAUUGUUGACACAGUUGAACACGGCUUAUCAACACCUUGCUCCCGAUGCCCAGGCACUGUUUUACAAUCAGGAGAAUGGUGGGAAGCCACCGUUGGUUGGGAUCCAGCUGGUGGUACCGAAGCCCCCCAAGGAUUAUCGUUUCAUGAAAUGGAAUUGGCCGCUGAUAAGGAAGACGUGUUUCUGGUCCCUGAUGUCGGUGCUCGCGGGGUGCACGGCGCUCGUCAUCGGUGUCAUCGCCACCAUGCCCAAAAAGUGCGAUCCACGCGUGCAAUGGUGGCAGGGCAGCAUUUUCUACGAGAUAUUCCCAGCGUCCUUCCAAGACUCCUCGAAGACCAGCGACGGUAUCGGCGACCUGCGCGGCAUAACGACGCGAUUAGACUAUUUAAAAAAGCUGGGCGUUCGAGGAAUUCGUUUGAACUCGAUAUUCCCAGCAACGCAUUAUCCCGAGUACUAUCUAGACAUCGCGAACCUGACCGACGUGAACAAAGAGCUGGGAACGUUGGAUGACUUUGCCACGCUCGUACGCGAGAUCCACCGACGGAACAUGAGUCUAGUUUUAGAUCUGCCGCUCUAUCCAUUUGUAAAGACGUUGUAUGACGAGAACGUGGCGGCGAAGAAGCCGAAUAAAACCGACAAAGCAGUGCGCGAGAGAAGAGGCGUUACGGACGACCUGAUCCUGCAGGACGUGGCGUUGACGACGGCUUCCACGUCGUUGCAGGCGAUCAGGGAUGCGUUGACCUCGAUACCGCCGUUUUUGGAAGAAUCCAAGCCGCAACGUCUCACGUCGAAUCGCAUAAACGCAGUGACGGAGAACCCCGUCGCAUCGGCGAUCAAACUCUGGCUGGAGAGAGGAGUCGACGGUUUCUAUUUGAAGGGACUCGAGCACUACGUCGACGAAGAGUCCUUUCCAACCAGUCUGACCCACUGGAAGUCCCUGUUGGGAUCCGAAAGAAUACUCAUUUGCCAUAUGGACGCCUUGAAGGCUGCCAAAUCUGCCGCGAGAAACUCCAUCUUGAACAGGAUAGAUCUCGUGGAUGUCGCGCUGCGGGUCGCGAAUGGAACGAAGGAAAUUAAGAGACAAGUCGAGGACGUUACGGGGGGCGUGUUGUUCGAGAAACCGGGUUACCCUUGGGUGUAUUGGUCCAUCGGCGGAGUGGACUCGAAGAGAGUUGCGUCUUCUAUCAGUGUGAAGAACGCCACCAUUGCUGCCUCCCUGCUGGGAAUGAUGCUUCCAGGGACACCGAGUAUAUUUUAUGGAGAUGAGAUAGGUAUUAAAGACUGCGAUUGCGAAGAUCACAAGGAUCUCGCUCACGUACACAACCUGGCUCCCAUGUAUUGGGAUUCGAAUGACGGGUCGGGUAAUAAGUUUGCGUCCACCGGCGUCACGGCUUGGUUACCAGAAGCUACGAAACCGUUAGAAACAAGUUUGAUGGGGACCAUUGCCGAAAUGGCGACUCUGAGAAGUCAAACGACUCCGAUUUACGUUAAGGCGGUGCUGAAGGAGAAUCAGGUGCAAGCGAACUGUGGUAUUAGAUAUGCAGAGGACGAAAUGAUCGUGAUAGAACGAUGGUAUCCACGGAGGAAUUCGUACGUCUUUCUAGCUAAUUUAGGCAACAAAACGCAAACCAAGGAUUUAUCUUUCCUUUACUAUGGUGGUCAGGUGGUAGUUGGUCCUACGUACAGACUGAACCGCGACGUCUACUUCAAGGAGCUCACCGUGCCCCCCGGAGAAGCAUUCGUCAUAAAACUGGAUAAAUGAAGAACUCGUUGUGAAAUCGGAGAAUUACGCAACAUUCACUUUACGUACGAUCAAGAUGUUAGGGUCUUUAUUUAAUAUUUCAAGCGUGAAUUCGUAACAUUUCCUUUGAAUGAAAAAAGGCAUUGUUGACGUUGCGACCGCUGUGAACAACGAAGAUUUUAUACGAUAGUUCCUAUUAAUUGUUAAUCAAAUAUGUAGGAACUCCAACGUCCAUGAAAGUAUUAUUUGAAGAGCAGAAGAUAGUUAAUUCAAAGAAAACCACCAACAUUGAAUACAAUUUGGCGAUAGUAAAACGAAGAUUGUAUCGUAAAAGGCAAACAUCGUGCUAUUCGAAUGGUUUCCCGUAGACGGGUGAAAUGUGCUUGGAUAAAAAGAAAUCAAAAGAAGUGAUGCAGAAUCAAAUUACACGUUACACCGUUACCGUUAAUCUUGUUAGUAAUAUUGAAGAAGCAUAACGAAUGUUCGCGCAUUUCACAUUCCAAAAGAGGACAAAUCGUUUAACACUUACCUGUGUUCAUUCUCGUGAUCCAAGUUUACAAUGCGAGAUUGCUUCACUGUGUUUUGUACCUUCUGAUAGUUUUGAUAAUAAAACCGAGAAUUUUCGUGACCGUACCGAUUACUUCCAGUCGUAAUACGAAUUUAUCUUGAAAUUUCAAAUGUUUUACAUUUACGAGAGCGCAAGGAAAUUUAUCCCUGCUACGCUCUGGAUACGUUUUUUAAUCUCACGAAAGAUUGACCUAAAAUAUAUGCGGACUAUUUUUGUAACGAAUUUUACCGUGUGAUAAAAAAACUGUUCGCAACGUGUAAUUUCUCACUUGUUUUGUAAUAAUUUUUGGUACUAAUCGAGUGACAUUUUACCGAUGCGUGAAUUAUACAUAUGGUGCUUAUGUAAGGAGAAUUCUUUUUGUAUUUUUAUUCAGAUACCAUGACACGCGUGUCCUCUCAUCACGCCAUUUAUUUAAAUGUGCGCUCGUUGAACUCGAUAUAUAUUCCAGUACAAUCUUUAAAUAGCAUUAAACGAGAAAUAUACUAAUGGAAUCUUUGAAGUAUUCUACGUACGUAGAUUUUUACUUUAAGAAAGUUCGAUUUCGAUGUGAAUUUUAAUAUUCGGAAAUAAAAGAAAGUGUUGUCCCAUGA